AUGGGCCUUGCAAAGCUACCUUUUCUGGCAGCCUACUACGCGUCGUCGUAUCUUUUCAACGGCGACCUCUCGCAGUUCGGGAAGUACUCCACCAACUUCAAGAACGUCAUGGAGAUAGUCGCUAUCAAGGCUGCAAUGAGCAUGGACAAGAGGUACUUUCGGUUGCUCAACUUCAGAACAGUGGCACAUGUUUUGCGUUACGUCGAGUCGAGCUACCCUAAAUCCACUUGCAAGCUUCCAGGUUACAACACGAAAUUUGAUGCUCACUCAUAUUGGCUUGUUAAGCAGCCGGAGAUCGGCGACGACGACACGAUUUUCAUUUAUUGCCAUGGAGGCGGGUACUUUUCUCAGCUUGGUCCAAAUCAGGUCACAGGGCUCAUACAGAGCUACCUUCUUUUGCCGGAGGAGACACGAGCCAAAUGCUCUAUAUUGAUUCUAGACUACGGGCUCACAUGCGAUGGCCACACCAUGCCUACGCAAAUCAACCAGCUUUACGAGACUUAUUACAGGGUGCGGGACAUCCACCAAAAUAUCGGGCUUAUGGGCGAUUCCGCAGGCGGGAAUUUAGCCAUUUGUUUGACGCAGCUCUUGAAGGUGAAGCAGGCACCACCUGAGGACUACCCCUUGAAGCUUUUAGUGAUUUCUCCCUGGCUUAAUGUGUAUCCUGACUUGGAUAAAGUUCCCGAGAAGUCUUCCUUACGUACAUGUUCGAAUGUGGACAUUAUACCUCUUCCCAAUACCCCAGAAGAAGAGAAGGCAAGGCUCUUCGGUGGUGUGGACAGAAAGAGCUUAUUAUACUCACCCAUGGCCAAAGAGCCACAUUUGGAGAGCGAUUGGUCCGACAUCCCCACUUUCAGCGAUCCUAGAAGAAAAGUGUUUAUGCUUUGCGGCGAGAGUGAGACCUUAAGAGAUGAAUGUCUUUGGUGGGCAAAGUAUGCUCUAGGAGUGGACUGGUAUGGCCACACGUACAUCGACGAGGACCUUGGUCCCGAGUAUUAUCACUACGAAACUGAGAACACUACGGUUUACAUGGAGCCGCAGGGGUUUCAUAUCAGUAUUUUUUUGUUCGAGAAGAAUUUGCUCCGGAAGAUUGAAAGUAACACUAUCACAAGUACCAAGCAGCUUACCGACGAGAGAAACUACGGUCUCAAGAGAUUCACAGAUUUUUUAGAGAAGGCACUUUGA